GUUGGAAUAAGCACCUUUUAUAAUGUUGUCAAAUAUUUUCUCAGAUAAACAAAAUUUGAAUGCACACAAGACACUAAGGAAAGUCCGGCAAUCCGCAUAAUUUCAAAGGAGUUCCUUCGAAAAAUUGUCAAAUGUUGUAGGGUCCUCGGAUACCUGGCAACAGAAAUGGAGCUCGGAAGAGACUUCAUCAAAAGGACGUUAGAAUUGUCACAAUGCCAAUAAUCAAGAAGUUCUGCUAUUGUUUUAGUCUAAGAAUUGGCGCAUUUUCAAUUGCGUACGCAGGUCUUACAAUGGAUGUAUUAGAUACAGUAGCGACUAUAUAUACUAAGUCGCAAUAUUGCGCUGAUAUACUACUCCUCUGGAUAAUUUCCACCAUUUGGAAUAUCAUUUCCGCAUUGGUUCUUUUGACUGCACUUUUUCGGGAAAAUCCGCAUUUGCUGCCAGUUCAUCUGGUGACUUCUCUUUGUGGCCUGAUGCUCGAAAUGACCAAUCACAUGGUGAUUGCCUCCCUUGGCAGAACCGAUUACGUUUUGAUAUCCUAUGCGUUCAUUAUGAUUGCCUUUGUAUCUGCGGACGUCGUGAUCGUGCUGAGCUACUACCAAUCGGAGGUUUAGUGAACCACUCCGAUUACCCAUUAACCCAGGCAACCGACCGGGCGCAGCAUGUAGCAUUUUGUGGUGCGCGAUUAGGCGCGAAAAUUUAUUUGGAAAAUGUUGCGCAAUCCGCGCCGUGCAUAAAUCGUGGCCAAUUGUCACCAGCGGAUUGGCAACCGAACCUCAGCGACCUGCGUUUAAUUAUCGCCCCGCCAGCGCCCGCCGAGCUACAUGCGUGCUAAUUGACCAGGCUGCAGCUCAACGCUGCUCCAAUCCGAAAUCCGAAUACGAAUCCGACUCCGACUCCGAAUCCCCAGUCCAAGUCCACGUCCCAGUCCCAGUCCCAGUCCCAGUCCAAAUGUCCAAAUGAUAACCGCGACGAUGAAAACGCAUGCUGAGCCAAAUGAAAAUUAUGUUGCAAUGGGGCAGGCGUGCUGCUCGCUGGCUGGUCAGUGAACCGCAGUUUGCACCACCAUCCAUCCAUGGGGCUUAAUUAAUUUCCUUGAUUAAUUGAAAGUGCGCCUUGCUCGCAGUAUUUUCGUUUUCUGUCUUGCUUUUUUUUUUUUUGUUUAUUUCUGGGCCAUGGUAUGUUUAUGUGUAUUUUUGGCAGUGCAAAGUUGAAGGCAAUAAGAAAAAUCGCCCCGGAUUCGAUUCGGUAGUAUGUGAUGGGCGUUGCCCUGGCCAACCCUUGGCCAUUACUCUUGGCCCGAACCGUACCUUUCCAUUUUUCCUCAGCUGGUAUUCGAUUAUGGCCGGAAUUAUGAUCCUUGUUGGUUGGAUUCGGUGCAAUUACUUCGGGAUGCCCUGUAAAAUGUAAGCAACUUUUUAAGUUGUUGUUUAAAGCGCUUAAAAAAUAAGUCAGUAGAAUUACUCUUCGAAAUAAAAUCUUAAAAAAC